AUGCCAGCUCCCGCGGCCAAGUUGCCGAGCCGGCCAGCCGGUGGCUCCAACAACGUUUCCCCCUCUUCUGAUGGAGACAAGAAGAAGGGAUUUUGCUCAUUUGUGCGAAGAUUCAUAAAUAAUGCGAUAGAUCAUGUGGAGAACACACCCGCCGUCCUGGCGGCAAAGAACCAGAAGCUGCCGUGUGGAGUUGGGCGUUAUUUCGUGUUGGUGACGCUUAUCGUGGCCAUACUCGGAGCAUCCAAGAGCGCCAGUUUUGCUGUGCCGACAAUCUUGGACAAGAUAGAGAUGGCGAAUCCAGGAAUAGGUCUGAGGGAAGUUUGCCUAGGUUACGCCCUCGUGGGACCGGGUUUGUGCUUCAUCGUGUCCUUAUUCUUGAUCCCAUACAAGCACUUCAAGCCCUGGAACGAUUUCCAGGGGGCUGCCGCAGGACACGGAAAGAAGAUCAGGGAUGAAGAAGACGGGGUCGACGAGGAUAAAAAAACUCAAGAUGAAAAACAAAAUAAAGCUGGACAAUCCAUCGCCGACGACACGGAAGAGGUGCCCGCCAUCUACCAAGCAACGAGGAUGAGCGUUGCAACGGGAGGUGCAGGGAACGCAGAGACACUGGACCAGCUAGCUGCAGUAAAAGAAGAGAAGCCUGCCUCAUUCAUUAAACAAUUCACGUCGCCGUAUGCUAUUUGUAUCGUGGUCUACUCCAUCCUUAAAGCCAUCAUGUAUGCGUUCUUCACCACGGCAGCCGAAAAUCUACUCGGAAAGGAGGUUAACGACUUCAUGGGAGCUGCCUUGCCUUUUUCCCUCUUCCCUUGCAUUGUAAGUGCAGAGCGAAUAAACUUUCUCACGUGGGAGCUGCCUUGCCUUUUUCCCUCUUCCCUUGCAUUGUAA